UCUCCAGCCACAACAUCUAACAACGACCGAGAGCAUGAACCAGGACGAGAAUAAUGAUACCAUACCACCAGAGUAUCGUUUUGUGGAAGAAUGGCGAGCUGUCGUGGAGGAGGAAGCCAUCAUGAGCCAUCUGUCAACUCUACGCUUUGCGCCUGAAAGCAGUAUCCUGGUGACGCAUACACCUCCAAAUUCAGUUGCAAAGGAUCCACCUACCUCCCAGCUAGCGUUGUCGACCCUUGCUCCCCUAAGGGACCAUCUGAGCGAGCGCCUCCAUAACCUCACGAAAGAGCAUGCACGCUUAAUUCUCUCACCUGGACCGCAUAACUCGACAGUUGCUUUCCGACGUGAUAUAUUGAUUACACUUCAGGAUAUUAUCGCUGCUCAGGGUAGCAUAAGGCACCAAUAUACCCAUGAGGCAGACUUACGAAGGUCACAACUGUGUGCUGUCAGCGAAUAUGCGGAGAAGGAAAGAAAGAUCCUUCAAGCAAUGAGUGAGAGUACCAAAGACAUUGAGAGAUAAAGACUUCAGUAUGUCUGGGAGCGUGAUGGAAUUCAGUCGGAAAUAUCCGAUCUCGAAGCCCGCUUGGCUGACGUGCGCCGCCGCAAAUCACAACUA